GAGAAAGCAGCCAUGUUUACAAAUGGCAGCCUCCAUAGGGAACUCCGGCGGUGAUUGUUUACGCAAAUCACUUCUAAUCGCGCGGAUUACUGUGUCAGCAUUGUCGUACACCUCACUACGUCACGCCGGACAGUAGCGGGAAUCCGAGCCGGUGUGUAAUUGUGUCGUGAUCGCCGUGACAGCAGCGCGGUGGCGAUGAGCGAAGAUAGCGAGACGACGGCUGCCGAUGGCAUCGCAUCGCCGUCGCCGAAACCCGCGGAUUGCUCGGCUAGCGAUGGCAGUCCGGGAGCCGCUUCCUCGACCGUCUCCAUUGUUGACGAGAGUACCGACGUGGACAUCGAUGUGGACGACAGCCAUGCGCGACAUUUGAGGCCCAAGCGUCGCAGCGUCCCCGCGGCCACCUUCGGCUGUCCCGUGUGCGGCGUGACGCUCCGGCAGCAAGAGCUGCAGCAGCACUGGCAGCUCGAGGUGGACAGGCUGCAGGGAAUCGCCAGGAAUGUGGCGAGGAGGCACCGUUCCGACUCGACGCCGGCUGGCAGCUCCAACAGAACGAACCCUCGUCGGGAGCAGUCCCUGGAGCGGGUGCGCGCCAACCGCGACCAGCGUCGACGGGGCACGGAGGUCCACUGUCCCGUGUGCCACAUCGCCCUUCGUGGGUGUCCCGAACGUCUCGCCGAACACGUCAACCGUUGCCUCGCCAGGCAAGAGGACUUUGACCUUAUGGAUGAGGACGACGACGUGGACGUGGACGGUCUCGGCGUGGGCGAGUCCUUCGACGAGUACGAGUGGGCCGGCCAGAGCCGUCUCAGGGCCACAUCGCUGCUCGAGGGCGGGUUCCGCGCCGCCGGCUGGGUCACGGCCGGCGUCAGCGGCGGCAGCAGUAGCAGCAGCAACGCCACCGCAGCGGCCACCGCCUGCCGUGCUACGAACGACGAGGACGACGUGGACUUGGACGUAGACGGCGACUCCUACGGCAGAGCGCAGUUUUCGGAGGCAGACCUCAUUCCCCUGGAGAGCAGCGAGCCUUCCGAAGAACGGGAGAGGAGGCUACUGCGACAGGCUGUGCUCUCCGCUGCUGAUGCCAUCAUCCGGUCGAAUGCCUCGCCGCGGCGGGACGAAGGCGACAACUCGUCGGUUGAAAGGCCGGAAGCCCCCGUGGUGGAGAAGCCUACGUCAGAUGUUGUUGAGCAGGCUAAAGGAACUGACCUGGACCUGCCCAAGGGGGCGAUGUCUCAAGUAGUGAACUCGCUGCGGGAACGGCUGCGGCAGCUGGAGGAACAGAACCGAGCUGUGACCAAGUGCCUCAUUUGCAUGGACCCUUACGAAAAGCCUGUGGUGUCUGUCGUCUGCUGGCAUGUUCACUGCCAAGAGUGCUGGCUCAAGACACUGGGUGCAAAGAAGCUGUGUCCCCAGUGCAAUUCCAUCACUAGUGCCAGUGACCUGCGAAGGAUCUACCUAUGAUGUGUGUGCAUGUGAUAAGCGAUUGUUUGCAGCUUUAGGAAUUUUUACUGGACCUACGAUGUCUACUUGGUGUACAAUGUAUAAGAGUGGUUUUUUUUUUUUACCCCCCCAAAAAACAUGCACUUGUGAGAAACAAACAAGCAAUCUAUUAAAUAUAGUGUGGACGCCUUGCUGCGAAAGGCACCAGUCUGUAAAAAGAAAGAACUCAUUUACUGCUUGUUACAUUUUUAUAAUCAUUUUUUCUUUUGUGGCAGGAAGCUACUCCUGCAUUUUCACCGACAUAUAUGUGUAUUACUUGUGAGGGGCAAGAAACCCUUGUGUCAUUUUUUUGACACUAUGUGAUUCAUGUUUAUAGUUCAUGUGUUAAAUAUUCACCUUGUUAGUUUGUUCAUUUAUCAUGAGUGCACUAAUGUGAAUUGAGUCAGCAGUGAUGAUUGAAGUGCGUUAACCAAGCAGAGCUGUGAGAAUCUACUUUACGAAAUUCCCUUUGAAUGUUUCUUUUGUACAUCACAUUGAAUGCAGUUGAAAGCAUAAUGCAUUGCUCCAAACGCACAAAAUAUGUCUGUUUUAAAGAGCUCUCAGGUGUGAGCAACUGUAAAUAAAAGUACAUGUAUAUGUUUGA